AUAGGACAAAGGUUGAUCAUGCAGGAUGCACGUGGGGUUGUGGACACAGAACCAUCUCUAAUAUAAUUGCGGUCAUUGCAAUUUUAUUUUCAUCAAUGUGUUCCUCUGCGUAAAAGGAAGCAGCAUCCAUAGACAUAGCAAAGGCAUAUCCUGGAGCAGUCUUCUCUUUAUUGCUCUAAAUAAAAAGGAAGGAUGUUCAAAAGAAAAACGAAAGACAAUAUGGAUGACGCCUCAAGUAACACUGUGGAGCUUAAAAAGGAAAUCUCCCUUCUGCAUGGUGUGAGCUUGGUGGUAGGAAACACCAUUGGUGCCGGAAUAUUUGUGUCACCAAAAGGAGUCCUCAUGUACAGUGGUUCAUAUGGAUUAUCUCUCAUUAUAUGGGUUGUAGGUGGAAUAUUUUCAGUAAUCGGAGCUCUCUGUUAUGCUGAACUAGGGACAACCAUCACUAAAUCAGGUGCCAGCUACAUCUAUAUAAUGGAAUCAUUUGGAGGAUUUUUAGCUUUCUUAAACCUAUGGACCAACAUGUUAAUUAUCUAUCCUGCAAGUCAGGCUAUAUUGGCUGUUACAUUUGCCAACUACUUAGUUGAACCGUUUUUCCCUACCUGUCAUCUGCCGCAGACAGCCGUGUACCUGCUUGCAGUGAUAUGUGUGGUUUUUCUGACAGCUGUGAAUUGCGCAAAGGUAAAAUGGGGAGCAUCUCUGCAAGUGGCAGCGACGUUUGCCAAAGUGCUAGCGCUGGUCAUUAUCAUUAUUACUGGAGUUGUUAGACUGUGCCAAGGUAAUACACAUAAUUUGGAAAAGUCUUUUGAAGGCUCCAAGCUGAAUUUGGGAUCUUUGACGAUGUCUUUCUAUUCUGCUUUGUAUUCUUUUUCUGGCUGGGAUGCCUUAAAUUAUGUAACAGAAGAAAUGAAAAACCCUAAAAGGAAUCUUCCAUUAUCAAUGGUCAUUUCUAUGCCUUUGGUAACAGUGAUCUAUGUCAUGACCAACGUUGCAUACUACACUGAAUUAGAUUUGAAUACUAUCAUGGAUAGCAGUGCUGUAGCUGUGACUUUUGCAGAAAAAGUUCUUGGAUACAUAAAGUGGUUUAUCCCUAUAUCUGUAGCUAUAUCAUGUUGUGGGGGACUGAAUUCAGUUGUCAUUUCUUCAUCAAGGUUGUUUUUUGUAGCCUCACGAGAAGGACAGCUGCCAGACUUUCUAUGCAUGAUCCAUAUAUCUAGAUUCACUCCUAUUCCUGCUCUACUGUUCAAUGGACUAAUGGCACUAAUAUUCCUGUGCGUGGAAGACGUGUUUCAGCUUAUAGAUUACUUCAGCUUCAGCUACUGGUUGUUUAUUGGUUUGUCAGUUGGCAGCCAAAUAUACUUAAGGAUCAAACGACCAGACAUCCCCAGACCUGUAAAGCUGAGCCUCUUUUUUCCCGUCGUGUACUGCCUUUGUAGCCUGUGUCUGGUCAUCGUUCCUCUCUACAGUGAUCCAAUUGAUUCCUUGGUUGGCAUUGCAGUAGUGCUCUCUGGGGCACCUGUAUAUUACAUUUGCCUUUAUCUCCCCCCUGAAAAACAACCAUCUUUUGUAAGAAAAUGUCUCGCAUUCAUCUCACUGUACACCCAGAAGAUUUUUAUGUGUUGCGCUGUACAGUCAACAGAAGAAGAGAUGAAGUUAAAAUAGCAAGCUGUUAGAAAUUGUUUAUUGUCAUAUUUAACAUUAAAAGCCUUUCUGCACAA